GCGACAAUUCUGACGAUCUCAUGAAAAUGAGCGAUGGCAAUUGAAUUCAUCACUGAAAAUGGCUUUGAUACUGUUUUCAACAGAGAUAAGUCAUUUGAAUCGUCAUGCAAUCAUGAACACGAGACAUCGCAAACUAGAAUUUUCAAAAUAAUUGUCAUCGGAGACUCUAAUGUGGGUAAAACAUGUCUAACCUACAUGUUUUGUGGGGGUAGGUUUCUUGAAAACCCCGAAGCAACAAUCGGUGUUGAUUUCAGGGAGAGAUCAUUGGAACUCGAUGGAGAGUGUAUCAAGUUGCAGAUCUGGGACACAGCGGGCCAGGAGCGCUUCAGGAAGAGCAUGGUGGAGCACUACUACCGCAGCGUCCACGCUGUCAUUUUUGUCUAUGAUGUGACCAGCAUGGCCUCCUUCCAGAGCCUGCCAGACUGGAUUGAGGAGUGCAGCCGCCACUCUGUCUGCCCCAUGGUGCCCCGCAUCCUGGUAGGAAACAAGUGUGACCUGCGGAGUCACCUGGAGGUGCCCACAGCCCUGGCGCAGCGUUUGGCUGACAGCUACAACUUACCCCUGUUUGAAACCUCUGCUAAGGACCCUGGGGAGAAGGAGCAUGUGGAUGCCAUCUUUUUGACACUGGCUUACAGACUGAAGAGCCACAAGCCGCUAAGGCUGAAGCAACCCAGUAUGAGCAGUCUGAGACAACUGGGGGAACAGAAGGACCAGGGGGCGACCAUGUGCUUAUGCUGACUCACUGGAGCCAUUGAGGGUCUUCGUUCGAAGUUAUGGCUACAGUGAAUGUCAGAUUUAUCCAUUGUCUCAGUGGUGACUAAGUUGAUCAGGGCAUUGUGUGAACUGAACAACAAUACGAUACAGUAAAUACUUUAGAAAAAAAAGCAUAGAAUUUAGUCAUAGACAAAUAUGUGUAUCUAUGUUUUCUGGUGUAGUGACAGUAUCAUACUGGACAAUUAAUUACUAGUUCUUUCCUUCCUUCCUAUACCUUGAGCUUUUUCCAACUGGAAUUAUGUAAGAACAGAAAUCUAAGAAGGAAGAAGUAAUCUAAAGCUUGUCUAAACUAUUUUUAGACUGUGCCCAUGAGGUUUACUUUCUCUAGUUUAAUGAUGUUCUAACCAUCAAAGGAAGGAAAAGACCAUAUGACAGGAUGCUACUUCAAACUGAAUGCAUGGUAACAUUAAAAACAUCUGAAAUUAUCAAAUAUGUACUGUACAGGCCCAUGUCACAGCACUCACAUGACUGUAUCACAUUAUUAUGGAAGUGUGGAUGCACAUAAACUGUAGGAUUUAUUUUAAUUGCUGUAGGCUACUGCAUCUCAGUGGAUCUGACAACUGUAUAAUAGAGACCAACGAUGCAUGAGUGACAACAGCUACAACUGAAUUAUUGCACUCAUUAUAGUGGUUGCGUGCACUUUCUUUCCACAGGCCUAUGUAUUUUGUUUACAACCAUGCUAACUUGUUUUAAUGACCAGAUAUUUACGGCAUGACAAAGUUAUUAAUAGGGAAAUGUAUUUGGCUCAUCAAGAGUCACAUCGGUUACAUUAGAAAGCAAUAAUUUUGAAUGAGCACGUUUGCGUUAGGCGCCUAUAUGAGGCCUAUCAUACGCUAAAAAGCUUCAACAAAAUAUUGCAAUAGGAAUAUUUCACUGAUCGUGAAUUGACAUGUUUGGAAAUAAAGGUUUACGCCUGAGCUAUGCUUUUAA